AAACAAGCUGACAACAUAGUUUAGAGGCAGCACAAACACUACGCGUUUGGGGAAGUCAUUUAGCGGCAUAAAAAAAGAGAAAACAUGUGACAAUAGCAAAUGGCACGAUGCUAAACGUAAUAUGAGACUAACAACAUUUUUUCUCAAUUAUCUUGCCGAGAUGUCAAUGACUAUUGUUUGCUAGUCCAGGGAGUCGCUCCGCCCCUCAUGUUUGUCGUAAAUCUGGCGCCUGGCUACAAUAAACCUGAGAUAAGAGUGGCCAGGGCUCGCCUCCUUCUCCAAGGCGAUCAAUCGGAUCUCAGGCAUACUACAAGCACUCUCUUACGUCGACGUCCACGAGAACAGAGCUGAUACAACAACACGGCUGCAGCUCGAGCGCCAAAUAUCCAUCUGCUUUCUGAACCAUGUCGCUGAGCCCAAAGCAUACGACACCUUUCUCAGUGACAGAUAUUUUGAGCCCAAUCGAGGAGACUUACAAGAAGUUCAGUGGCAUGGAGAGCACUGGAAACCUCACAUCUCCGCUGGGAGCCUACCGGCAACCUCAGGUGUCCCAGACUGGCAUGCAGCAGCACUCUAUGGGCCACAACGCCACCGUGGCGACCACCUACCACAUGCCACACUCCGUUUCUCAGUUUUCGCAUAGUGCAAUGGGGGGCUACUGCAAUGGCAGUAUUGGCAACAUGGGGGACCUACCCUCUUACCAAGAAACUAUGAGAAACAGCGCAGCAACAGGGUGGUACGGCGCCAAUCCUGACCCUAGGUACUCGACAAUUUCUAGAUUCAUGGGACCUUCCACAGGUAUGAACAUGAACAUGGGCACGCUGACUGGCAUGGCAGACACCACCAAAUCCAUCCCACCCUUGCACGCGGCUCCAAGGAGGAAGCGACGGGUGCUCUUCUCUCAGGCGCAAGUGUACGAGCUGGAAAGGAGAUUUAAGCAGCAGAAAUACCUUUCAGCGCCAGAGAGGGAACACCUGGCUAGCAUGAUCCAUCUGACCCCGACGCAGGUCAAGAUCUGGUUUCAGAAUCAUCGUUACAAGAUGAAACGCCAGGCCAAGGACAAAGUAACCCAGCAGCUUCAACAGGAGGGCAACCUGUGUCAACAGCAGCAGUCGCCGAGGAGAGUGGCUGUGCCUGUGUUGGUGAAGGACGGCAAGCCUUGUCAAAACGGCUCCAACACACCGACUCCGAACCAGCAGCAGAUGCAACAGCAGCAGCAGAACGGUUCGGGGGUCGUGCUUCCUACCUCGAGCAACUCUAUGAAUCAGCAGGUCAACGUAGCGCUGGUUCAGGCCCAAGACCUGGAGGAAAUGUCACCAAGUCCCCCGUCACUCCACUCGCAGAUGAACACAAUGGGCCAGAUGGACGGUACCGUUGAUUACACGAAUAACAUGGUCACUUCAAAUCUGCUUUAUGGCAGAACGUGGUAAAACCGACCAUUUCCUUUCCUUGUUUGUUUUUUUACGCAACUUUAGAGUCGUCUGAAUUAUUACGCAUGGGGACUUGCAUUACGCAUCAUGCGACCAUGUGAAGAUUUUUACGCGGGUGAUCGGAUCGAAGGACUUUUGGGGAAAAUGUGCCACCUUUUUUCUAAAAACACUUUUCGUGGGCACGAUUUUCUACAAAGACCCUGCUCUCACAAUGGACGAGACGAUCAAAUACUUUUUAUUCUCAUGCUGUAUGUUUUGGACUUCCCUUUGUUGCGCUAGUAAAAGGUUAAACAAACUUGCUGCUCCAGAACUAUGAUAAUGGCACGACACGGGAAGCAAUGUUUCAUAAUUCAGGUAUGAACUUCUAGCAAGAAACGAUAAAUGCCUGGAUACGAUAUGAAACCACUAUUGUAAACUAAUGUAUUCAUUAAGAUAAAUGAAAAGUAGGGGUUGUAUAUUUCGCUAACUCUUAAGUUUCUGUUGUAAUAUAAAUGUUUCAGUCUUUUUGUUUGUCAUUUAUUCUAUUUUUUUCUUUUUUUAUAAGUUAAAACAGACACAAAUACGAUGGCUGCUGUAUAUGUUUCGAAUCGAAUGAACGAUACAAUAAAUCCAUUAAACUGCCCGCCAUUGUUGGGGAAUUAAUUUGUGUACAGUAAUGUUUGUAUUGUUUGAAGUAGUUACUGAAAAAACGGAAUAAUAUUAAUUAGGGGCAGUUGGGGAAAACUUUGUAUUGUCCAUGUGGUUACUUUUGAAUAGAAAGACAAGUGAAGCGUUUGGUUCGAAAAUGAGAUAACUCCCUUUUUAAAAUUGUUCAAAAAUCCUGUUUUUUAUUAUGUUAUCAUGCUAUUAAUGUGUUUUAUUGUGUUAGUUCGCAGUAUUUUUUGAGUAAUUAUGGCUUAAAUAAAAACAAACCAACUGUAUUUUGAUUCAUAUUAAUUCAAAUGCACAAAACAAAAACAUAAUUUUCCGAGUUAUCUCAUUUUGGAACCAAACUCUUCAAAUAUUUAAUCCGUAAAUGUACAGAUUGCCUGAAAUAAUUAAACGUCUGCAGUGCAAAUGUAUACAUUAAACUGUUUAAAAACUUAAUAUUACUAUAUCGUUAAGAUUUCAUACCAAGCCAGUAACUAAUAAAUUUACUAAUUUAAACAAAUCUGAUACAAAAUUUUAUGCAACAACAGCAAUAAUAGUUAAAAAGUUAACAACAAUAAUAUAAAAACAAUAGUAAUAAGAAUUAUAACACAAACCAAGAAUAAUAAUAAGAAGAACUUAAGGAACAGGCAAAGGAUACAUUGUGCUCACAGAAAACAAUAACUUCCAUUUCUAUACUUUUCCGCAAAAUUUAUUUUUUAUUCGAAAAAAGUGGCGAACCAUUUGCUAAACUACAGAGAAAACAUUAUAGUUU